AUGUCUAGUGGAUCUAACAAUUCUGGGUUUGAUGGUUUUUUGCCUGGGAGAACUACCGCUACUCAGGCUAUAAAAGUUGAAGAAGGUGAAAUUAAUCCUUUUAACGGCAAACCAUAUAGUAAAAGAUAUCGUCAACUACUAGAAAACAGACGAAAGUUACCCGUACAUCAACAAAGACAAGAAUUUCUCGACUUAAUACAAAGUAAUCAAUUCAUAGUAUUUGUAGGCGAAACCGGCUCUGGAAAGACAACACAGAUUCCACAAUUUCUCUGUUACGAUUUACUUCCUCACAUAAAAAAGAAACAAAUAGCAUGCACUCAACCACGUAGGGUUGCCGCAAUGUCAGUAGCUCAACGUGUGGCAGACGAAAUGGAUUUCAAACUUGGUGAAGAAGUUGGUUAUAACAUACGUUUUGAAGAUUGUUCUGGCCCAAAAACCAUUCUUAAAUAUUUAACUGAUGGUAUGCUUCUACGCGAAGCAAUGAAUGAUCCAAAUUUAGAAAGAUACUCUGCUAUUAUUCUUGACGAAGCACAUGAACGCACAUUAGCGACUGAUAUUUUAAUGGGAUUGAUGAAAAAGAUAGUAAAAAAACGUAAAGAUUUAAAGGUUGUUGUAAUGAGUGCAACACUUGAUGCUGAAAAAUUCAAAGGAUAUUUCAAUAAUUCUCGAGUAUUGACUGUUCCUGGUAGAACAUUUCCGGUAGAAAUUUAUUAUACACCUCAACCAGAACGUGAUUAUUUGGAAGCUGCUAUUCGUACAGUUAUUCAAAUUCAUGUAUCUGAGGACCCUGGUGAUGUGCUAUUGUUUCUAACGGGAGAGGAAGAGAUUGAAAGUGCUUGUCAAAAGAUCAAAAAUGAAAUAGAUACUUUAUCAAAACAAGUUGAUCUAGGUCCUUUGAAAGUUCUUCCUCUCUAUUCUACUUUACCACCUCAACAGCAACAGCGUAUUUUUGAAGAUCCUCCCCAACCUCUUAAAAAAGAUGGAAAGGCUGGUCGUAAGGUUAUUGUCUCUACAAACAUUGCAGAAACUUCAUUAACCAUAGAUGGAAUUGUUUAUGUAGUUGAUCCUGGCUUUAGCAAACAAAAGGUUUACAAUCCUCGUAUUCGUGUUGAAUCACUACUUGUAAGUCCUAUUAGCAAGGCUUCUGCUCAGCAAAGAGCCGGUCGUGCUGGUCGUACACGUCCUGGAAAAUGCUUUCGUCUUUACACUGAGAAAGCAUUCAAAAAGGAAUUACAAGAACAGACAUAUCCAGAAAUUUUAAGAAGUAAUCUAGGUAGUGUUGUUCUCCAAUUAAAGAAAUUAGGCAUUGAUGAUCUAGUACAUUUUGACUUUAUGGAUCCUCCAGCUCCUGAAACUUUAAUGCGUGCACUGGAACUUUUAAAUUAUCUUGGCGCACUUGAUGAUGAGGGAGAACUUACUGCUGAUGGACAUUUAAUGGCAGAAUUUCCUCUCGAUCCUCAAUUAGCAAAAAUGUUGAUAGAAAGCCCUAAAUUUAAAUGUUCAAAUGAAAUUUUAUCAAUUGCUGCGCUUUUAUCAGUUCCUAAUGUGUUUGUGCGUCCAAGCGAUCUGAAGAAACAAGCUGAAGAAUCAAAAUCAAAAUUUGCCCACGCUGAAGGCGAUCACCUAACUUUAUUAAAUGUUUAUCAUGCUUACAAAACUAAUAGCGAUGACCCAAAUUGGUGCCGUGACAAUUUUCUUAGUUCUAGGUCUUUAAAAUCUGCUGAUAAUGUACGUCAACAACUUAAACGUAUUAUGGAACGAUGUGAUUCUGAUCUGGUCAGUACUCCAUUCGAAAACAAAAAUUAUUAUUCGAAUAUUAGGCAGGCUUUGACAGCAGGCUUCUUCAUGCAAGUAGCUCAUUUAGAGAAAUCUGGUCAUUAUUUAACAGUAAAAGAUAACCAAGUUGUGCAACUCCAUCCUUCUUCAACCCUUGGUCAUAAACCUGAGUGGGUCAUAUAUAACGAAUUUGUUCUUACCACUAAAAAUUAUAUACGUACUGUUACUGAAGUAAAAGCAGAAUG